AGGUGCAUAGGAUGAAGCAGUGGCCAGGAGCAGCAGCUGGCAAUUUUGGUUAUUGGCUGUCUCGCUCACCGCUCGUGCCCACUGAAAUACUAUUGAGCUCCAGUGUAGUGUUGGUAGUUGAGUAAUAUAUCACCAUACACCACUGUACUGGGAUUGGCUGUGCUCGAUGCUGUGGACGGGAAGAGAAGGAAGACGACUAGGAGGAGAGAAGGUAGAGGGGCGCAGGGCUGGCCUAGGGAGAAGGGGAGGCCAAGGGAGGGCGGCUAGCGAGUGGCACCGUCUCACCGCCACCACCGCCGCGGCAGCUCAGAAGUGCUCGUGGCGUGGCGUGGUGCGCAGCUUGACUACCAGUGUGGCGACUCCCGCGUGACCACCACGGCUCCUCCUCGCACUCCUUGCGCUCCCUCUUGCAGUUCGUUCGUGAAGAAGUGUUUCCAUCUCCUGUCUCUUCCUCAUUUUUUAAUCUGAAGCAAUAUUUUAACCUCAGUCUCUUUUUUCUCAUUGGCUCACUCUUCAGCUUGUAUCUGUAGUGCACACAUCUCUUCUCUAUCAUUCAUUCUCCCUCGCUCAUUAAGUACACUCAUAGAGCACAAUUUUCACCUUUGUCUUCCCAUCACAAACACCUUCUCACUUUAAAUUCUACCUGUACAUUCCUAUCCCCACUUCUCUACUUCCCUCUGUCACGCCCGUCGGUCCACUGAAUACCCAGCCAACCCUAGUCAAGCCUAAGGAGUGCCUCUCAUGUGGUGCCUAGUGAGGACGUGAUCUGCUCUUUAGUGCCAGUGCAACCCUCUAAGCCGUGACUAGUGCCAGGCCGCCAGGAGGGAUAAGAGGGGAAGUGUGACUGUGUGAAAUGAUGUGCCGUGGUGUGUGGGCGUGGGCGGUGGUGCUGCUGAUGGUGGUGCCUCACGCCCACACUCAGGAGAAGCAUAUUCGCUACGUGAGGGCGGAUGAGCUGAGAGACUACAACGGGCGAUGCUACGACGCUGAGAGGUGCUCGCUGCGGACCACUGGAGAAACCUGGACGGUGGACAGCACGUGUGAGCAGGCCACGUGCGUGCAGGCCUCCAACGGGACGCUGCUGGAGAAGCGAAUCAGAUGUUCGGAGCUCCUUCCUCUCUUCAACGACAACUGCUACAUCGUGAGGGUGGAGGGCAAAGCGUACCCACACUGCUGCCCGCAACUCUACUGCGACGGCAAGCUGGUCUCCUCCUCCCCGCCAUUCUAAAAGGAGUACCCCAAGUCCCUCUUAGGAACCUCGGGUGUUUUCCCCUUAAUCUUUGCAUUUCCAAUCCCGGCAUUUCCCCACCAGAUUUCCAGCUUUUAGAGAACGCCGGGGCAUUUAUCCCAUAUCCCACUACUCACUAGUUAUUGUUUUCUCUGCCGUGUCUCUUUCUCUAUUGUGUGAGUGUUGCCAGUUCUGUGCCAUCGUCCGCUGUGUCGCCGCGUUUGACCAGGCCCGCUGUUUCUGCGCUGUGGCAGAGAGGAGUGUGUGUUCUGUGUCUUGAGAAAUAAAUGAGCGUGUCUCUUCAUAUGAUACUUUAAACAGAUGUAGGAAUUUGUUAUUUGUGUGCUUGUCAUUGAGAGGUUAGUGUUUUCUUUCUUUUUUUUUUUAUUUAGUGUAAAGUUGAAUCCGAAGAUCAAAUGUGUAUCUUUCUUUUUCGCAUUUAUGUUACCGAUGCUCGUGUUUUGAUUUACUUUAGCGUGAAAGUCUUGAGUCUGAAAAAUCUAGAUAGUAACUUUUCUUUUGUAAUUACUUUUCUUCAGUGCAACACCAAAAAGAAUUACUGGUUAUUUUAAAACUGAGUCGACAUCUUUUUAUCGUUAUUCCUAUUUAUUUAUUUAUUUAUUCAUUUAAUUUUUUUGGGGGUAGAAAUGUCGCGAAUCUUUCAAAUCAACCUCGAAAAAGAGAAAGUAAAAAUCUCUGUCACUAUUUCAGACCCCAACAUACAGCAACAACAUUUCCAAACUCUCACGGUCAAUCCUCUCAAUCUUUUUUUUAACCUUUAUUUCACGUUUUAAGUAGAAAUAUCACGAAUCAUUUCAAUCAAUCUCGAAAAAAAAGAAAAAAAACAAAAAAAAACAAAGGAAAAAUCUAUGUAACAGCUUCAGAACCCAACAUGCACAUUUACAGGCACUCUCGUAAGGAAUACUGUCACUCUUCUCUGAUAGCUAGUGACUCCCUUGUACAUUAUACAUAGCCACCCUGUCAAUAGCUUCCUUUUUUAUCAUUUUUAUUUAUACCAGUUUAAUUUUGCCAAUCUAUCUCUGUACAUACUAGUUAAGAGAGUCCCGACCCGAGCACAGGGCGGAGUGUUGCGUUUAAUACGAGGGUAACAUAACAUAACAUUUCAGUCUCUAGUGAACCCUCUGUAACGUUUGUACUCCAUAAUAAUAAACAAUAUUAGGGAUGUAACACGCAUGCAUACAUACAUACUCAUAUAUACAUACACACAUACAUACAUGCAUACAUACAUACACGCACGCACGCACGCACAGCCCACACGCACAUCCAAG